AUGGCCUUCACUCCCACCCUCCGCCGCGCCGCGGCCCAGGUCUCUGCCUCCGCUUUUGCGCCCAAGAUUGCCAUCCCCCGUACCGUCGCGGGCUUCACCAUCCCCUCUGCCGUCCAGGCUGGUACCCUUGCCGCCACUUUCGGUGUUGCUGCCGGCACCGGUGCGCUCUUCUUCCUCGGCGAGGUCCCCCGUGUCCGCCGUGAUAUUCUCCAGCAGUUCCCCUUCCUGGACACCUACUUUGACCGCACCAUCGCCCCCGAGGACAACCCUUUCUAA